AUGGCCCCCGUGACUUCCGCGCUCAUCCUCUCCCUCUUGACCUCCCUCGGCGGCGCAAUCGGCUAUGCCCGCACCGGUUCAGUCCCCUCCAUUGCCGCCGGUCUCUCCGUAGGCUUCGUAUACCUCCUCGCAUUCAUCCGACUGCGCAGUGGCCAGACCUACGGUGAAGAACUGGGCCUGCUGGCAUCUGCGGUACUGGGUGGCAGCUCGAUUCCGCGUGUUAUCAAGACUGGCGGAAAGCCCGUUCCUCUGGGCUUGUCUGUGCUUGCGAUGUAUGGACUCUGGGUGUUUGGGAUUGCAUACAAGGAGCGGAGGUAG